UAUGACGGUAAAUGCGCACUGAGCUUCGAACUUCGUGUGUUGGGCAAAUGUAGUGAGUGAUCGCCUGAUGUUAAGCCAGACUGCAUCCAGUAAGCAUCUUGUGUCUAAAUGUUCUCAAAUGUUGACACAUCGAGGAGUGUGCCUGAGGCCAGGUUUCGUGUUGGCGAAAAUUGUGGUUUUCAUGAUAACCAUGUCGACUGAGGCGGCUGAAACAAGCUCUGUCCCUGAGCGCCCUGCUAGUGUGACUCUCGAUGGAUGUUCUUUUUUUCACAUCUGGAACCACGCAAUCAGGCAACAGCGCACGACUGCGCAGGCGAAUGAAUCACCCGUCAGAACCUUGCUGUCACCCGACCACUUCCUCAUGGCCAACCUGGUGCCUCAAGACGCCCCUCACCCUCUCUACAGUGGCCAGUUUACUGAACUCCGCAAUCAUUUCCUUCUCGACCACAUGCUUGGUAUAUCGGUUGACUCUAGUGACCCGAGGAUGACGUCAUCUGGCGGACUGCCUGCAAGCACUCUGGCGGCGAAUGACGUUGAAUUUCGAAAGGACAACCAAGGUAAAAUUACCGUGAAUGACAAUCCUGUGAAGGAGGUAAUGACGCUAUCCGAUGGCACCGUUAUUUAUACGCUCGAUAACAUCCUAUUUGAUUACCAACAACGGAUCCAAGAAGCAUUCGAGAAACUUUUGGAAGAAGAAGCGUCAAAUUACCCUUUGGAGGCUCCCCCCUUUUAGGUGGAUGAUCAUAAUUGUAGAUCCCUAGAGAAGAAUAAGAAAAUAUGACAUUGUUUGAUUAUAGUUGCAUAUAGAUGAUUUUGUAACAUCAGCAUAAUCCACUUAUAUUUGUUAUGCAGUUUCAUGUGGAUGGGUUACGAUGUGUCGAUUAUCGAAAUGAAAUAAAAAAUAAUAACUGAUAUAUAUGCUAUUAUAUUCUGUGUUCACGUGUUACUCUGAUCACUUGAGGCGACAUUGAAAUGUUUCCUCCUCUAGCGACAAACACACUGACAGUCCGAGUGUACAGUCUGCCAUAUUCUUCUUUGUAAGAGUUAUAUCUUAUCAAGCAUGACUAAUAUAACUUUCAUGGCAUUCUUUCUGUGAUUAAAUAGUAAUGAAAGUG